AUGACUGAGAACACAACGCUCUGUGGACUGCCAGAUGAACUUCUAGUCGAGAUCAUGCAACACCUCAGCAUAAUUCGCUCCGAUAAGAUACAGUCGUUUCACUUCCAGAAAUUCAUCUCAAGGGACCGAGAAUCCGAGAAUCGUGCUCGUCAGCUGGCACUAUACAAUCUCUGUCUGGCUUACAAGCAUGUACGGCGCAUAGCUACUCCAAUACUGUAUUCUUCCUUCACAGGAGCUGCUGAUUGGAAUGGGACACAACCUCUGAAACUGUUCCAUCGAACUCUCAAUGAACACAACGUUGUGGCUGGUCAACACUUCAAACACGCCGAGUAUCUGCAGUAUGUAGAGAAUCGAGCUUUCGACGGUCAAGAUAUAGGUGACAGCUACGCCGAUGAGAAAGAUCCAGAAUCGGCACAUAUGUUGGCCCAUUACUUCUACUUACUGGCAGACAUAGUCAAUCAGGCUAUGAACAUACAAAACCUGACUGUCGAUAGCUUAGAGACCCACAAGAUCACGUUCUGGGGAUACAUUCUCCCUGGAUAUCAUGGGAUAACUGUGUUGGCUCGGCAUGCAUUUCGCAAGUUGCAAACACUACAUGUCGGACUGAUUGAACGGGCCACUCCUGGUCACCAUCACAUCACUCGACCUUUCUUCUUCCUCGAAAUCGCUACAGUCAUGACCUCAGUGCCGUUGCUUUCCAAUCUCCAAGCUUAUGGGUCCUUGGGUCUUGACGUAAUACACGACGGAGUUUUCAGCGGAUCUUACCAGCGCCUACAACGUCUGGAAAUUCUCGAUUACGGUGAGGAUUUUGGAAUAGUGGGGCAAAUUUGGUCAGCAUGUGAAGAACUUCAACACAUCGUUUGUUUGUGGGCCCCUGCGAUUUUCGAAGCCGAGGGCCCGUCUGCUCUAUACCCCGCACUAUUACAAAAGCUGGAUACACUGGAAACGCUGCAUCUCGAUUUUUGUGAGGUGCAUUUCGAAGAUUCAUCUAUUGCGCCUGAGUGUCUUGGUACUCUGUGA